AUGGAUCUAAAGUCUGGCUCUCUCCUGGUAGCGCCCGCCGUGAAGAACUCCAGUUGCUCACACCCGCGCUACUCGGGCCACAACUUCAUCGCCCACAUAGGCAUUGCGGAGACGAUCGAGGCGGUGCUGAUUCUGGUCCUGACACUGGGCGUCAUCGGGGCCAACUGCCUGGUCAUCUUCGUCAUCAACAAUCGCCGCUAUGCGGCCUACAUACACCAACAGCCCCGCUAUCUGCUCACCUCGCUGGCUCUGAAUGACCUGACAAUUGGUCUGUUAAUUACACCAUUCGGUCUAAUGCCGGCAUUGUUCCACUGCUGGCCGUACGGAGAGAUCUUCUGUCAGAUACAGGCUCUGCUGCGCGGCGCGCUUUCCCAGCAGAGCGCCGUCAUCCUGGUUUGCAUGGCCGUCGACAGAUACAUGUGUGCCCUGCAUCCGCGGCGCUACUACCAGCACUCCAGCAAGAAGGGCUGUGUGGCCAUACUGAGCUUAACCUGGAUUAUCAGCCUGACGGUGUUUGGCUUUCUGGUGCUGCCCAAAGGUUACUACUUCAACAAUACGGGUCUAAUGGCCUGCGAGCCCUUCUACAGCAAGCCCUCGUACAGGAUAUUGUCGACGUGCGCCCUCUACUUUCCCACGACGAUGGUGCUGAUGUACUGCUACGGCUCCAGCUUUCACAUGAGCCGCUUCCGGCUGAACGAUCCGACCAUGCCCCUAACAGCAGCCGCCCAUCAUCCCCAUCCCCAUCCACAUCCCACCGCCGCCCAGCAGCUCCAGAUGCAUCAGCAUCAGCAGCAUCAACACCACCAGCAGCAGCAACACCAUCAGCAGCAGGCGGGGAUGCACUCUCACCUCUACCAUGGCCACUCGCACCACCCAGGACACCCCGCCAGCCAUCCCAGUCAUCCCAGCCAUCCCAGCCACCCACAUCAUCCAGGACACCCAGGACAUCCCCACCAUCAUCUGGGCCAUCUCAGCAUGGCCAUGAGCAUGGGACUGGCCGGCAUGCCGAACAUGACAAACAAGAUUACCAAAAAGAUUGUUCCCAUCCAGGAGAAGAACUCAAGCGGAUCCACCUCACGUUCCAUGGCUGCCAUUUCACUGGGUUUCAUAGUAAUGGUCACUCCGUGGACGAUCCAGGAGAUAGUCACUGCCUGCACGGGAUCCAAGCUACCGCCUUUUCUCGAUUUCCUGGUCACCUGGACGGCGCUGAGCAAUAGUUUAUGGAACCCCUUCAUGUACUGGCUGCUGAACUCCGACUUCCGCCGACUGAGUCGACAACUGAUGCCGAACAAAUGCUUCCCCCACGAGGAUACGCCCGAGCACAAAUCAGGCUGUUGUCACAUCAAUGCUAACGAUUUCGAAAUCACAACGCUUCCGAUUCCCCCGGAACCGCCAUCAUCCCGACCUCCAGGAGGAGGUUCAUCCAGCGGCGGAGGAGGAGGAGGAGGAGGAGGUAAUGGGACAGCCAGCUCUGGCGUUGGAGGAGUGGCCAGUUCGAUUGGUGGCUCCGUCCUAGGGAUUUGCGCCCGUUCGAGGGCCAACAGUUUGAGUCGCAGUGCCUCCCAGUACAUCCGGGGCACUGGAAUCGGCAUCCAUGGCCACCAGGAGGCCUUCUCCACCACGCGACCCGACAUCGAGGGCCUGUCCGAGAAGUACUGGGGCGAGAUCCUGGAGAGAACCGUCAGCUCGGGCAACCUGAGUGCCAUGCAGAAGAACCUGCCGCCCCACCUGCCCUACACCCACCACCUGGUCCACCAGCUCCACCAGCCGCAGCAGCAUCAUCAGCAGACCACCUCCUUCAGCAAGGCCAGCGAUCUCCAGUUGAAUCUGAAUCUCAGCCAGGCGGCCACCGCCGCCGAACUGGGCAAGUUCUCCAACUCGGAGCCCAAACUGUGCGAGCACCUCUUCCACCACGAUGUCAACUGCGCCAAGAGCAAGGCCGCCAAUGGUGGAGCUCUGGAUGGCGGGGAAUCCUCCGGCAAGCUCUCCUGCGGGCGCAGCAUUCCGGACAUCUAGUACGCCGAGGACGUGAUCUUGGCCAAGAACCAACUGCUGGCCAGGCAGGCCAAGUGCUCGCACCAUCCGCUGCACCAGCAGGCCAGGAUUAGAAGUCAUCCGCACACGGGCAGUCUGCGAUUCAGCCGGAUUCGAGCCGCCUGCCACAGUCCUCCGCCGGAGAAAUCAGGAUUCCCGAUGGCAGAGUACCGGAAGUAGGUUACGAGGUUACCAGGAGCUAGGGUUCCCCAGGAUGUAAUCACGAGAAGUUUAGGGAGUGAGAUCAAAAUCGAGCGAGUAUUUAUAAGAUUCCUUAGGUGUAUGUGCGUGUGAGUGUCUAUAUAAUAUCGCAUGAUCAAACCAUAAUAUGUGUGUUGUCUUUUAGGCCUAAGAACUAGAAGAUCAUAUGGGGGCAAGUCGGGUUUUCAGUUUCACAGAAGUCUCAGUAAAGCGGAGUAGGUUGUAAGAAGUAUUUUGAUUUUAUCUAUCACAAAAGAAUUUUUCCUUUUUUGUUUAAAAGUAAAAACUUAAAAAUCUGUGAAAGUGAUAGCCUGCAAAGAUCCAAUAAAAACAAUGGCAUCUUGAAGACAUCCAAAUCUCAUUAGCUGAAAUGCUCCCCUUUCUAUUGUACUUUGAGCGUUGUAAGUAAGUCCCUACUCUAGGGACUGCUUGUAAAACUACGCCCCUCCAAUCGAAAAAUUAAGCAUACGUUAACCAUAGUAAGUGUUCAUUCAAUGUUUGUGAUACCCUGAGUUUCCCAACCAAAAAAUACAUAUAAAUUAAUCGUAACUGUUGUGUGUUUGUGCAUCGGCUAAAUUAGACAUAGAAUAUGUAUGGUAAAUGGUUUUGGCCAACUUGGUUGGCUUCUUCUGUGCCCUCAGAAGCCCAGGAGCAAAAGAAAACAAAGAGAUAUCAGACUUUCCUCUCAGAUCCCGCUCGAAAUUCGAAACACCCCCUUCUGCCCCAUUCUUUACCACUUAAGAAUUAAGGAUCUACAUAUGUAGUCUCUCUGAUAUUGGCGGACCUUAAAGCGUUGUGGUUAAUCAUAGUUCUAGUUCCAUAGCUCGAGUCGUAUACCAAAUUACUCACUGUUCUACAAAUCAAAAUCAAAUCCUAACUUUGUGAUUGUCAAGAAUUUAAGUCGGUUGGUGUGAACAUUAUUGUUGAAUCAUUUUUAAUUUGUAGCUAAGUAAUGUAAUAGUUAAAGCAAAAUAAAUUUACAGUUUAAGUACGUCUAAUUUUAGUUAAUUUAAUGCGAGAUGUGUAAUAAAAAGUAUUAUAAAU